CAAAUCAUCUUCUUUCUUUCUUUCUUCCUGUUGUCAAAUCAAAUCAAAUAAAAUCUCCAAUCUACCUGAACAAACCCUAACUCUUCAAAUCCCCAAAAUGAGUGACAGUGACGACGACGAGCUCUUACAGAUGGCCUUAAAAGAGCAAUCACAGCGAGAUUUAAACUACACACGACCAUCUCAAUCCAGAUCCUCUAAACCUGUAGUCAAUUUCGUUCAACCUCCGUCAAACCACAGGCCUGCCAAAAACCCUAACUCUAUGCCCACUGCCAAGCCGCAGCAUCGCCGGAAUGCUACGGAGGAUGAUGAGGAUUCCGAGGUGGAGAUGCUGAGUAUUUCCUCAGGAGAUGAGGAUUCGGUUAGUGAUCGGGUCGGGUCGAGGAACCGGGCCAGAGGUGGUGCUAGAGGUGGCAAGGAGGAUGAUAAGGUUUGGGAUGGGGAAGAGCCUGAUGCUUGGAAGCGAGUGGAUGAGGCUGAGCUUGGCAGAAGGGUUCGGGACAUGAGGGAGACUAGAACAGUUCCCACAACUCAAAAGUUUGAGAAGAAACCAUCAGUGGCUAUAAAGGGGCUUAAUAAUUUACAGUCUUUUUCACGUGGAAUGGAACUUGUAGAUCCCCUAGGACUUGGGGUAAUAGACACCAGAACCUUGAGGCUGGUGAAUGAGUAUGCAGCAAGUUCUCCGGCCAACUCUGACAAAGUAGAUUCUGAUGUUCGAGAAAAACUGAUGUAUUACUCUGAGAAAUUUGAUCCAAAGUUAUUCCUGUGCCGAGUGCACCAAGAUACACCUGCAGCAGACUUGGAGGCUGGUGCUAUGGCUUUGAAAACAGAUCUCAAAGGACGGACUCAACAGAGAAAACAAUUGGUCAAAGAAAAUUUUGACUGCUUUGUCUCUUGCAAAACAACCAUUGAUGAUAUCGAGUCAAAACUGAGAAGAAUAGAAGAAGACCCAGAAGGAUGCGGGACCUCACAUUUAUAUAGCUCCAUCCAAGGAGUUACUUCUGUCGCUAAUCGUGCUUUUGCAUCCCUACUUGAAAGACAGGCUCAAGCAGAGAAGAUUAGGUCAGUUCAAGGAAUGCUUCAGAGGUUCCGUACUUUAUUCAACUUACCAAGUGCGAUACGUGGCAAUAUUAGUAAGGGAGAGUAUGACCUGGCGGUCAGAGAGUACAGGAAAGCAAAGUCAAUUGUCCUCCCUUCUCAUGUUGGUAUAUUAAAACGUGUUCUUGAGGAGGUUGAAAAAGUUAUGCAAGAGUUCAAAGGCAUGCUUUAUCGGUCUAUGGAAGAUCCACAGAUUGAUUUAACAAAUCUUGAAAACAUUGUGAGGCUUUUACUGGAGCUGGAGCCUGAGUCAGAUCCCGUACGUCAUUAUCUAAAUAUACAGAAUCAUAGGAUCCGAGGUUUACUUGAGAAGUGCACUUUUGAUCAUGAAAUGAGGAUAGAGAACUUGCAAAAUGAGCUACAUGAGAAAGCACUGUCAGAUGAAAAGUGGAGGAAAAUCCAGCAUGAUUUAAACGAAUCUGGUGCUGUUGAUAUGCUUAUGGAUGAUUCCUUAACAUUAAAUUCGCAACCAAGAGAUUCAGGUUCCGAAGAACUCGAUGCUCUUCGUGGAAGAUACAUACGAAGAUUAACUGCUGUCAUUGUGCAUCACAUACCAGCCUUCUGGAAGGUUGCCCUUUCUGUUUCAAGUGGCAAAUUUGCUAAGGUGGGAGACGAAAAAAAUUCAAGUCACUCUCUUGAUGAAGUGUCUGGAAUGAUACAGAAUACUAUAUCUGCUUAUGAAUCUAAGGUCCACAGCACCUUUCUUGAUCUUGGGGAUUCGAAUAUCCUUCGGCCAUACAUGAGUGAUGCAAUAACAGAUAUAUCUAAAGCAUGUGAAGCUUUUGAAUCCAAAGAAGCAGCACCUUCAGUUGCAGUUGCAGCUUUGCGUACACUUCAAUAUGAGAUCACAAAAACUUACAUACAAAGGCUUAAUGCAUGGAUGCGCUCUUCAACUGAAGAGAUAUCGAAUAACGAAUUGUGGGUCCCAGUUUCUGUUCUAGAAAGAAACAAAUCUUCAUACACAAUUUCUCACUUGCCUUUAGCAUUCCGUUCAGUUAUGGUCACUGCAAUGGAUCAAAUAGAUACGAUGAUGCAGUCUUUAGGGAGUGAAGCAACAAAAUCAGAAGAUGCCUUUGUACUCUUUCAAGAAACUCAAGAAUCUGUUAGGGUUUCAUUUUUGAACUGUUUGCUCGAUUUUGCUGGUCACCUGGAGCAGAUAGGAAGCGAGCUUGGUCAGAACAUAUCAAAUAAAGAAAAUUCCGCAUUCGAAAACGGAUAUACUGAAGAAAAUUCAUCUGAGCCACUCCCUGGGAGUAUUACUAAUCCACACCAACAGCUGUUGAUGGUGUUGAGUAACCUUGGAUUUUGCAAAGAUGAUCUUUCUCGUGAAAUGCAUCAUAAAUAUAAACACAUCUGGAUGCAGCCCAGGGGUAAAGAUGAGGUGGACAAUGAUGUGGAUGAUCUGGUUAGGUCUUUCUCUGGUCUUGAAGAGAAAGUCCUUGAACAGUAUACUAUAGCAAAGGCAAAUCACAUUAGAACAGCUGCUGUGAACUAUUUGUUGGAUGCUGGAGUACAGUGGGGGGCAGUACCUGCUGUGAAAGGUGUGCGUGACGCUUCGGUGGAGUUAUUGCACACUCUAGUAGCGGUGCAUGCAGAAGUAUCUGGUGGUUGUAAACCUUUGCUUGACAAGAUACUUGGAACCCUUGUUGAAGGCUUAAUGGACACAUUACUCAGCCUUUUUCAUGAACAUAGAGACACCGAUAUACGGAUGUUGGAUGCAAAUGGUUUCUGCCAGCUCAUGCUUGAGCUUGAAUACUUUGAGACCAUAUUAAACCAGUAUUUCACUCCUGAAGUGAGUGAAUCUCUCAGGUCAUUACAAGGGGCAAUAUUGGAAAAAGCUACUGAGAGCUCAUCUGAAGCCAGUGAUACUCCAAAGCACCGUCGUCGUGCAACACGUGGAAGUGAUGAUUUGAUCGGAGAUGACAAACAGGGGACCGUCUCACCUGAUGAACUUAUUGCCCUGGCCCAACAGUGUAGCAAUGAGCUACUACAAUCAGAACUCAAGAGGACUCAGAUCAACACAGCGUGUUUUGUGGACUUGCCUCCGUUGGAUCCUGGUCUCACAGCAGUUAAAGCAGUAGCAGGUUAUGGCUCGUUCAGAGGGUCAGACUCUCCAGGCCGGAGUUAUGGGGCUAAGCAAGUCGUCGGGUCCCCGAGUUUUUCAAGGCCCAAAAGAAGAUAAGAUUUGUCUUCAUUCUUCAGUUAUUGAGUUAAUUAAUAAUAAUAUGUAAUAUUGAAAACAUGAGGUGAGCUGCAAUUGUGUGUAUCUAGAUGUUAAGUAAUUACCAUUUUUUUAAAACUUGUGCUGUGUAAUUUCUCUAUAUGUUUGAACCUCAUUUUGUUGUACAUGCUUGUGAUGAUCAAUCAAUUUGUAAUUUCAAUUUUAAUUACUGAUAUUUUUGUAA